AAUUUUGAAAAAAAAAAAAAAAAAAAAGCUCAACUAAUAAAUUAUAUAUAAAGGUGUUGAACCCGGCGGAGAUACGACGGUCAUCCACCGGAAAACCUCUGCAAAAAAAUGGCAAAAAAUCUCGUCAAAUACUCCGUUGUGGAUGCGUUCACCGAUACAGCGUUUAAAGGCAAUCCGGCAGUCGUUUGCUGGUUAGACGACAUAUCGAAAGCCGAUAACUGGAUGCAAUCGGUUGCGACUGAGUUCAACCUUCCGACCACCGGUUUUUUAUCGGUUGAUCACCGUACAGAAAAACCAAGAUUCAACCUCCGUUGGUUCACUCGUGUAUCAGAGGUUCCACUUUGUGGGCAUGCAACUUUAGCAGCUUCACACUUUGUGUUUGAGUCUGGAUUAGUGGAUUGUAACUCGGUUGAGUUCUCAACUCUGUCUGGAGUUUUGACUGCUAACCGGAUUCCGGCUAACGAGAUCAAUGAUUCGGAACAUGGGUUUUACAUAGAGUUGGAUUUUCCGGUUGGGACGGUUUCUGUUUUCAAAGAUGUUGAGGUUUCCGUGGUUUCGGAGAUGUUAAAUGGUGUUUCGGUUGUUGAUGUUUUGUUGAAGAAUGCAUUUGAUGAUAUUGUUGUGGUGCUUUCAUCGGCGGAAGAAGUUGCGGAUUUCAAGCCGCAGUUUGAUAAGAUCAAAGAGGUUCCGGGUAGGGCGGUGAUAAUUACGGCACGUGCACCUGACGGGUCGGGGUUUGACUUUUAUUCGCGCGUUUUCGGCCCGAAGAUUGGGGUUGAUGAGGAUCCGGUUUGUGGCAGUGCACAUUGCGCGUUAGCGCUCUACUGGCAUGAGAAGUUGGGGAAAUGUGAUUUUGUUGCGUAUCAGGCAUCAAGUAGAAGUGGCAUAUUACAUGUCCAUCUCGAUAAGGAGAAUCAAAGAGUACGUAUUCGAGGUAAAGCCACCACCAUCAUGGAAGGAUCUCUUUUGGUCUAAGAUUCAAGGCUUAACAUACUGCAUAUUGGGUCCAAGUAAUCUACCCUUUGAAAGUUUUAUUUCAAGAUGCAUGAAAAUAAAGCAUACAUGCUAUUGUCAACUUCUGACUAUAUUGUUGUUUUAUGAAAAUUUUGCUUAUGUUAUGUUAGAUCAAACUUAUGAAUUUAUCGUCUUUCUUUCUUAAUCA